AUGGACAUGUCCUUUCCUGCGGAGUCAGCUCUGCAGAAGAGCCUGGAAAAUCUGGCCGCCAGCAUGUUCGACAGCAGCCUGAACAAAAUUACGUUUUGCAUACGCUUCCCUGUGGAGUUUCCUCUGAGCCCACCGGAAGUGUGGCUGCGGCGGCCACGGAUGAGAUAUCGAUCUGGUCAAUCAGGACCGGUGACCUUUGGUGGCCGUGUCUGCAGCAUGCUGUUGGCAUCUGCUGGCUGGCAGCCGGCUACCUCCAUGCUUGCCGUGCUGAAGGAGGUGCAGCAAAGCCUGGUGGAUUCUGGUAUCGAAGCCAACACCACCGUCUGCAUCAAGAAGGAAUACCCGAGAGCUUCCAUUCAAUUGCAGCGACUAAACACCGAGCUCUUCCCCACGGUGAACGGAUUCUGUCAGAUGGCGAUGACAGCGAUCUCCCCGGAAGAAGCUUCGGCCUUCCUGGGCGAUCUCUCCAGGCUGGAGGCCACCGACAAGAUCGGGCUGCCUUUCGCAUAUGCGAACAGUAUUUACAAGCGAGCCGAAUUAGGCGCCGAAUUGGUUUUGCCCUUGGUCUUCGAACUGAAAACACUUCUGGGGCGGAAGACUCACUGUGCCAUCUUUGAGUUCAUAGACGGCUUGCCGGACAAUCAUGUGCUAAUCCCAAAGUGGGUUAUGGAGGAUCUCGCAAUUGAUGAGAGGGAGCCGUUAAGGGUGCGCGGCGUGGAUCUUGAUUUGGUCACUGCUGUGAAAGUUCAGCCACAUAGCGUCGACUUCUAUCAAGCUGUUCGGGACAGCGGCCGUGAUGUUCGAGAACUGCUCACGGAAUCCCUCUCACGCUUCAGUACACUCACGGAGGACACCGCAGUCCCCAUUGAGGUGGGUGGCAGGCUGUACCAGGUGCAGGUGAUCACCGUGGAGCCCCACGGUGCCGUUCGCAUUAUCGACAUGGAUGUACAACACCACUUCGAGUUCAAGGUGGAGUUCGAGCCCGCUCCUGAUCUGGAGGAUGAAGCAGCUACGAAGGAGUUUCAAGACCGCGCGCUGAAGUCAGUGAAGCUGCGUCGGGAACGCUCGGCUGCUGGACGACAGGAAAUAGAAGAACGCCGCCGUGAAGCUCGACAGAAACGAUACGAGGGCUUGGUGGCAAGAGAGUCCGGGAACGUUAUCGACAAGAGUGAGGGAACGGUGGAAGUUGGCCUCAGGAUGCCCGAUGGGUCACAGCUGAAAGGCAAGUUCCCCGAGGGUGCAUCCGUCGCCUGCUUGAUGCUGGCUGCCUUGGAGAGCCCCUGGGCGAAAGCGGCGCUGCCUUGGGGCAUCUACCUGCGCAUGGCCUUCCCCAAGAAGGUGCUUGCAAGCCAAGAUGUCAUUGACAAAGGCUUUCACAGAAGCACCUUGAGUGUGCAGGAGGAGCAGGCACCGGAGAAGGACGAGGAGCUCUUUGCCGUUCUGCGCGAUGCGCCCUCCCCAAAGAAAUCCGUCAGCGCCUCCGGCAUGCCAGAGGAGUUGGCUCCACCGCCCUUGCCGGAACGUGACGAAAGCGAACUCUUCUCGAGAACGCAGCGCGCCUUCGAGAUGCAGCGCUUUCUGCGAGCAGGUUUCAACCUGGAGGAGGCUGAGAAGAAGUUCCAGGCAGGGGAGAUCUUGCCACCAACAGCAGCCUCGAGGCGCCCAGAGCCGCGGCCUCCGGCCGCCCUGGCUGCGCCCGCACCUGCCUCCCCGGCGGAGGAAGCAGAAGCCGAGGACGAGAAGGAGAAGCGGAUUGAGGCGGUUGUGGCCUUCACCGGGGCCGACCGCGAGGUGGCCAAGAGAGCGCUGGAGGAGAACCAGUGGAUCGAAGAGCUGGCCGUCAACAAAGUGCUUGACUCGCUCGACCAAAGCUGA